AUGUCUAAAGAUGCCACAGACAAGACAGAGCCUAAGAGUGGUGCCGCGCGACAACCAGAUGACUCGCUUCAGUACGAGGAAGUAACAACUUUUGGCGACCCAAUUCCUGUAAAAGAUGCAACUUUUGUUUCUACGGGCUCCGACUCAGAUGAGGAUGGAUCCGUAUUUGCCAAAAAUCCUUUUUUAGACCCCGAUGUGAGGGAACACUGGACUGGGGUUUACGAAAAAUCGCAAUAUGAAUGCCGGCAUGCCUUUGACCCCAAUUUCACUUGGACGGAGGAAGAAGAACGACGACUGGUUCGAAGGCUAGAUUGGCGAGUUUGUCUCUGGGCUUGCAUAAUGUUCUUCGGUUUACAAGUCGAUCGUGGGAACUUAACACAAGCUGUUGCAGAUAAUCUGUUGGAUGACCUGAACUUGAGUACAAAUGACUACAACUUCGGCAACCAGAUUUUUUUGUUUUCGUUCUUGCUAGCCGAGUUACCUUCACAAUUAAUUUCCAAGAAGAUUGGACCCGAUAGAUGGAUUCCGAUGCAGAUAACCCUCUGGUCGGUAGUUGCUAUGUCUCAGUGUGCGCUCAAAGGAAAAUCUGGAUUCUAUGCCACACGAAGUAUGCUGGGUCUUCUUGAGGGCGGGUUUAUCCCAGACAUCGUUUUGUGGCUAUCAUACUUUUAUACAUCCAAGGAACUUCCUGUCCGACUCAGUUUCUUCUGGACUACACUUUCCGCAACCACUAUCAUCACAUCGAUUCUUGCUUUUGCUCUACUUCAUCUACGGGGUGUAUCGGGAUGGGCAGGAUGGCGUUGGCUGUUCCUAAUUGAGGGCUUGAUUACUUUGCUAGUUGGCCUUGCUUCUUUCUUCAUGAUGCCAGCGUCUGCAGUCCAAACCAAAACAUGGUUUCGACCAAAAGGCUGGUUUACUGAUCGUGAGAUAUCCAUCGUCGUCAAUCGAGUUCUCCGAGAUGACCCUUCAAAAGGCGAUAUGCACAACCGACAAGCAAUUACGCCAAAGAAACUCUGGAAUGCAGCAAAGGAUUACGAUCUUUGGCCACUUUAUGCUAUUGGGUUGAUCGCAUAUAUUCCUCAAUCCCCACCUACUUCCUACAUUACUCUCACCCUAAAGAACCUGGGUUUCAGCACAUUCAACACCAACUUAUUGACAAUUCCUUAUUCAGCCUUCCACAUUAUCACGCUACUUCUUAUCACACAACUAUCUGAACGCGUCAAAGAAAGAACUCUGGUCUCCAUGAUACAACCGCUAUGGACCCUCCCAUGUAUCAUCGCGCUUCGCUUUUGGCCAGGUUCAGGAGUCCAGGCUUGGAACACAUACGCACUGGUCACAGUGCUUCUAUCAUAUCCUUAUUGCCACGCCAUUCUCGUAGCAUGGACUUCCAAAAACUCUAAUAAUGUUGGCACUCGCUCUGUCUCCUCUGCUCUUUACAACAUGGCAGUACAACUGGGAAAUAUCUGCGCAAACUUCAUUUACAGAACUGAUGAUAAGCCGUUAUAUCAUCGUGGUAAUACGCAAUUGAUCAUUAUAAAUAUUGCUUCCAUUGCAGUGUUCUUAUUUACGAAAUUUUACUAUAUAAUGAGGAACAAGCAGAGAGAUAAGGUGUGGAAUGCCAUGACGGCUGAGGAACAGCAGGAUUACAAGAGGAAUACGAAAUUGACUGGGAGUUCAAGAUUAGAUUUUAGGUUUGCGCAUUAG